UUCUUGUGUUCUUCUCAUACGCGUGUUGGAUGUUUCCCUUGGAUGUUUUCUUGUGUGCAACGAUAAAAUUCCUGAAUUCGACCGUACGAACUUGUUUGUGCGUGAUCUUCUAAACCUCUGCAGUUGGAAUUUCAUUAGUACCAACAGUGUAAAUAGUUUACUCUGUGUCGACGGAUGCAAUUGCUUCUCUUGGCCUAUUUUUCCGUUUCACACGGCAGCUAGAGAGAUACUUACAGUGUAUCAUUUCGUUCCGUCCUCUAUAAAGGGACCAAAAACUGAGCCAAAGGCUGCACAUACAAGCUUUGAUUUGCAGCGAACUAAACUCUAGCAGAUCGACAUGGGGCUUAAACUCUUGGCCGAAGUGAGUCCUCAGGACUUGCUGGUAGCUCUCGCCGAGCUCCACAACCACACGAUCGGCUACGUCAAGUCCAUGGCGCUCAAAUGCGCCGUGGAUCUCGGCAUCCCGGCCGCCAUUCACCGCCGCGGCGGCUCUGCCACGCUCGCCGAAAUCGCGAGCGACGCCUCGGUGCAUCCGGCCAGGCUCCCGGACAUCAAACGCGUCAUGGAACUCCUCAGCGCUUCCGGCAUCUUCACCGCCAAGCCGGCUGAUCAGGGCGGCUCCGGAGCCGUCGUGUACGGGCUGACCACGGCGGGCCGAUUCCUCGUGGGCUACCGCAACAUCUCCCCCGUGGUGCCCUUCCUGACGAACCCUCUCGUCGUCUCCUCCUUCUUCAGCAUGAGCGACUGGCUCAGGAGCGAGCCGACGACGGCGGCCGCGGCAGCCGGAGCCGGCAGUAGCUCCGGCUCCGGCUCUCUCUUCGAGCUGGCGCACGGCUGCGCCCAGGCGGAGAUGGCCAGCAAGGACGCCGCGCUGAACGGCGUGCUGAACGAGUCCAUGGCCGCCGACAGCCAGCUCUUCCUGGAGGUCGUGAUUUUCGACAAGGGCCGCAUCUUCCGCGGGCUGAGCUCGCUGGUCGACGUCGGCGGCGGCAAUGGCGCCGGCACGCAGGUCAUCGCCAAGGCUUUCCCGCGCAUCAAGUGCACCGUGCUGGACCUUCCUCACGUUGUCGGCCAGCAGGCCGCCGCCGGCGCCGCCGGUGAGGGCAAUCUGCAAUUCGUCGCCGGUGACAUGUUUGAAUCCGUUCCGUCUGCCAACGCUGCCUUACUCAAGAACGUUUUGAAUCACUGGGGUCACGACGACUGCGUCAAGAUACUUGCACGUUGCAAGGAAGCCAUCCCUGCUAGGAAUGCUGGAGGAAAGGUCAUCAUCAUAGACAUGGUGAGGGGAUCGGUGCUGGGGGACAGCAAAGUCAGCGAGAUGGAAGCCAUACAGAACAUGUUCAUGAUGUACGUAAACGGGGCGGAACGAGACGAGAGUGAGUGGAAAGCCAUAUUUUCUGACGCUGGAUUCAGUGACGACUACAAAAUCAUGCCGGUGCUGGGUCCCCUUUCAGUAAUUGAGAUCUAUCCGUAAAAGUGGGCAAUAGGUUGCUUCCAAUGUAUGCGUUUAAGUUACUCUGCUUUCAACAAGGAGGCUACCACGUUAACGUGUGCCUAUGCUGUGGUUUUUUCUCUUCCAUUAAAAAUACGAUACAAGUGUGAGCCUAUCCAGCAUAGUUGGUUCUGAAAUUUGUAACUUUAUUUUGUGAAAUCAUGUGUCAUGUUUUGACGAUUAGAGUUU